GGGAUGGGGAGGGGAUGGGGAGGGGGGGGAGGGGGGGGGGUAGGGAAGGAAGGGAGGGGAUGGGGUGGAUGGGGAUGAGCGGUUGGUUGCUGUCGUGGGCUGGUUGGUGUCGUGGGCGUGGGCGUCGCAGGUGUAAUGUUCGACUUUCUUCUUCUUUUCUGUCUUCUUGCUAUUGGUCCUGCUGGUUCGCUCUGUUGGUUACUACUACCCCCACAUUUUUUGUCGGCCCUUUUUUUGCAUUCCCGCUGCAUUGAAUUGAUAUUACUUACUCACUUACUUACCUUAUUUUGGCUACUGUUUUGUGGUUUGGAUGGUUUUGAGGUUUUUGAGGUUUUGGAUUCCCCUGUUCUACUACUACCCUGUGCGAAUACUACUGAUUCUACUACCAUGUUCGGAUACCAUGUUCGAAUACUGCUUGGAAUACUGCUGCUUGGAAUACUCCUGCUGCUUGGAAUAUUAAUAUCAUGGUUGCGGGUGAGUUGCGGGUGAGUUGCGGGUGAG